AGUCAGUCACAGCGUCAGGUACUGGAGAGGCUGAGGACCACAGAGGACAGACACCGGUUGCUCAGAGACACCCCAGCUGGAGGAGGGCACCGACAGCCUGCCCUAUGUGUGGAUCCUCUCAAGGCUUCACAGCCUACUCCUGUGAGUGCACCACAGCCAUGUUAACCUCGGAAAGGCCACCGCAAAGCGCGGGGAUCGCCGCUGAAGCCAUGCAGCCACGGACGCCGGACGCAGACAUGACCUCGUGGAGCGAGGCCGACUUUGAGGAGAAGUGCACUUACAUCGUGAAGGACCAACCUCUGGACGAAGAAAACCACGGCAGGACGCGAGCUGAGCGAUCCUUACCCAGGAACCUGGCCCUGAAGCGCUGCCACAACGCAAAAGAGGUGCUCGGGGUUACCAGCAAGGAGCUGAUUCCUAAGGGGACGCGCUUCGGCCCUUUGCUGGGGGAGACCUACACCAACGAAACCCUGCUGAAAGACGCCAACAGAAAGUACUUCUGGAGGGUCUUCUCGGAGGGGCGCUUACACCACAUCCUGGACGGUUUAAAAGAAGAGCAGAGCAACUGGAUGCGCUACGUCAACCCGGCGCGCACCGUGGAGGAGCAGAACCUGGUGGCCUGCCAGAGCGGCUUGGACAUCUUCUUCUAUACGGUCAAAGCCCUUCAGCCGGGGCAGGAGCUGCUGGUGUGGUACUGCUCUGAAUUCGCCCAGCGCUGCAACUACCCUCCACUGGGCCAGCUGGCUAUUGAUAAUAUUGAACAGACUCGUGAGAGGACCACAGGGAAACGAGGACACAGCGUCUCUGAAAUCCUCCGAGACGAGCCCUCCACGUCCCUGUCUGCACGCCCCAGACGUCUGGACAGCCCUUUGUCUCAGACCAGUGGUUUUCCCUUGUGCCCCCGUCUUGUCUACCCAACCUCAGAGUCUAUCCACGGUCACAGAUAUGCACCUCUUCCAUCUCUGCCCUCCUGCAGCCCUCCAGCCGCCAAAAGGCCAGCACUAAGCAGUCCUGUCCCCUCCAGUUUGCACUUCACCUUUCAGCACAGUCAAGGCCCUGUUGUAGCCAAACCUUACCAGGAGCCCUCCUUGCCUGACCACGUUCAUCCUUCCCUGAGGCACGGCCCUUACCUGCUGCCUCACUACUCCCUCGGCCUUCUACCUCACUCGUACCCGUUCUACAGCGAUCGCCUGAAACCUCACCUGAGCCUCUCAUCUCACGUACUGCCUUUCGACAACUAUGCACACCUCUUCCAUCCCUUAGCCAACAGCUGCAAAGACUUGACACCAUCCAAACCAGACCUCACUCUUUCACCCACCAGUGGCCACAAAGACAGCACGGACCUCGUAUCCAAAAGGACAAACUACCUCAGGAUUCCCUUCAGUGACCUCAGAGAUUUCAAACCUCCCAGAAACGUUCACGCAGACCUCACUGUACCCGCCACAUCCAGUGCCUCGUCCAUGGUGACUGAGCUCCGCAGAGCUCUGCCCUCUCUGGCGCCCGGAGGAUGCUCACCGCCUGUGGGCAUGGCCGCCUCCUCAAACUGCCUCCCUUCCAAACCUACCUCCGCAACUCAGAGCAAUACUGAAGACGCGAUGGACCUCAGGAAGACCAAAGGAGGGGGAGGGCAGAUCAUCGGCUACAAGACCCUGUCCUACCCUCUGACCAGGCAGAACGGAAAGAUCCGGUAUGAGUGCAACAUCUGCGGAAAGGUCUUUGGGCAGCUGUCCAACCUCAAGGUCCAUCUGCGAGUACACAGCGGUGAACGUCCCUUUAGGUGUCAGACCUGCAACAAGAACUUCACCCAGCUGGCACACCUGCAGAAACACUACCUGGUUCACACAGGAGAGAAGCCGCAUGAAUGCAAGGUGUGCCAGAAACGAUUCAGCAGCACCAGUAACCUGAAGACCCACCAGCGGCUACACUCGGGCGAGAGGCCUUACCAGUGCAAGCUGUGCCCGGCCCGCUUCACUCAGUUCAUCCACCUCAAGCUCCACAAACGCCUCCACAGCGGCGAGCGACCGCACCGCUGCCCUCACUGCCCCUGUGCCUAUCUCCACUACUGCAGCCUGCAAGUGCACCUCCAAGGCUUCUGCCCUCUCUCCCCCUCAGCCUCCCACAGACACUCGCCGGAGGAGCUGCACCGAGUCAACUCCGAGAUCGAGAGGUUCGACAUGAGUGAGGCGGCAGAGCAGCUCGAGGCCAUGGCUGCAGAGGUCGACAUGGACAAGGGGAAUGUUAUUGACCUCUUACAGAAAAUAGAGUCUCACGUCUCGGGCCACCCCGACGGUGCCAGAGAGGAGACUGAGCUGAUCGUCUACCGAUCUGCAAAGGAGUGCUCUGGUAUUCAGCUGCAUCAUGGCAGCCCUGUACCUCUGCAUCCAACCAGCAUCAAGCUGGAGUCAGGCUGCAUAUCAGAGCCCUAAGAGAGCCCUGCUAAUCCACUCAUAUAAUCCUUACAGGUCAGCUCAGCAGCUGUCUCUUACUGCCCUAUUUGAAGUAAAGCCUUAUCUCAAUCAUGGACUGCCUCGCCGAAACGCUACAGACUCUGCAGCUUGUGAAGAAUCAAGACUUUCCCAGCACGGCCUGGGACCAGUCACUUCACUGAUUUAAUGUAUUUGUUAAUUUAUUACGUUGCUAACUGUAAUCUGAGACACACGUUUGUGGUAUUUUUCUGCUAUUUGUUUUGUAUCACUGGAACACACUGAUGGAAUAACAACUAAACUGAUUAUGCAUAAAAUGAGUUUGCAUUCUUUUUGUGGUUUCACUGUGUGAGACUGAGUGUUUCUGUUUGUGUAGGUGUGCGUAUUUAUGUCUCCUGAUUAAAGUGACGAUUACUGUACGAGCA